AUGCGGUCAUCGGUCACCAUUUGGAUGUUUCCAGCUCGGGAUUUAGCCACAGUUAAGGCUCUUCAUCCUUCCUUAAAGAGUGUACUGUUUCGGGAUCGAACCCGAGAUCUCGUCUCACAUACUCAGUCUGCAUUGCCAACUGAGCUUCCCUUCUUAGAUAAAACGAUGAAAAGGAAGAAUCAUAAGGAAGGCGUGCUACUACUACCAGACUGGUCAAAGAUGCCAACAGAGAUGUUGGAGCAGGUUUGCAAGCUUCUAACGAUUCCAAAUCAGGUUCGAUUCAUUACUGUGUGCAAGAGUUGGCUUUCUGCUAACACAUCCAAGAAAGCCUACCAUUGGAUCCCUGACGCACCCUGGCUUGUCAGUAACGACUGCACUAGCACUGAGUUUCAGGUCAUAAGCACCACAGACAAGCAAGCCUACAAUAUUUCCAAACCCUUCAGCCCUUUGCAGAACACCAUAAUUGUAGGGUCCUCGAAAGGGUGGUUGAUUCUCAGAUCUGAUCAAAGUCUAUUUAUCCUCAACCUCUUUUCGAAGCUUCGCCUUGACCUCCCUCCUAUUAGAACGAUGUCAUGUUUGCUUUGUUCCAAGGGUGAUGAUUGCUUUGGCAUGCACACACCCGUAGCUUUCACAAUUUCAAUGUGUCCCAACAUGAACCCCACCUUGGUCGCAAUAGUCACUUACAAGGGUGACCUUGGGUGGUGCAAGGUGGGAGACACUACAUGGAAAUGUUACCACACAAGUGAUAAAGUCUACUCCAACGUGGCUUUUCAUGAUAACAAGCUUUAUGCCGUGGAACGAGGUGGUUUGAAAGUGAACAUGUUCAAGUAUGAUGAGGGAGUGCUUGUUCAGGUUGGUAGUGUGGAAUCCACUGACCCAAUUGAACAUGCUCCUAAUCUAUCAAGAACCAUUAGGUCCUAUUGCAUGACCAUUUACUUGGUGGAAUGUGGAGGGAAUGUUUUGGUUGUGAAGAGAUUCUCUGAUGACACCAAAUUUCACACACCUACUAUAGAUUUUGUUAUUUUUGAGGUGGAUGAAAACUGCACCACGCCUCAAUUAGUGAAGGUGGAGAAUUUGGAUGAUCAUGUUUUGUUUGUGUCUAACAUCAACAUUGAAUGUCUUGAUGCAAAGUUUUGUCCAACGUUUCAGCGUGAUAGCGUGUAUUUCACUGGCUUCUCAGAAAACUCCUUCAUUACUGAAGUGGGAGUGUUCUCUAUUUCAGAUAGAACUAUACAUAAGAUUCCUCUCAAUAACCCUCAGAUGCACUCUCCAUCUUCAAUUUGGAUGAUGCCCAGAUUCUCGUUUGAAUGUGAUUGUGAAGUGUGCACCUCUACACCGUGGUUUAGGCCCAGACAAUUGAGGAAAAGACAUAUGUGA